UAUCAAUUUCUUCAAAAGUUGCAAACACAUUUUCACGCGCUCGAGUAUUUUUUCUAUUGGAUAUUAUAAAUUCCAAGUCAGAAAAGAAAUUAAAUUUAUAAAUAAAUAAAACAAAUUAGAGAAGCAAAGAAAAAACCUUAAACAUUUUGAGGUUUUUGUGAAAUCUAAUAAAAAAAGAAAGCAAACAAACAAAGAAAAAAGUUUUCGACUACAAAAAGCAGAAAAAAAGAGGAAAUACACACGUCAAGCACGCUUUUUUAUUUUUUGGCUGUUGGUGAUUUUUUUUAAUAUCGUAUGUCCAUCCAGAAUUUAAAUACAUUCGACCCCUUUGCUGAUGCAAUCAAGGGUGCUGAUGAUGAUGUUCAAGACGGACUUGUGCAUAUAAGAAUUCAGCAGCGUAAUGGUCGCAAAACAUUAACUACUGUACAAGGUUUAUCAGCCGAGUAUGACCUAAAGAAAAUUGUGCGAUCAUGUAAAAAGGAAUUUGCAUGCAAUGGCACAGUAAUUGAACAUCCCGAAUACGGAGAAGUUUUGCAACUCCAGGGAGAUCAACGUGAAAACAUAUGCCAAUGGUUGACAAAGGCUGGUUUAGCCAAGCCUGAUCAAUUAAAAGUUCACGGUUUUUAAACCUUCUCAUUAUAGUUAUUACUACGACUACGACAACAACAACAGCAACAAACAAAAACGUAUAAUAAGAACUAUAACAACAACAACAACA